AUGUCCUCAUUCAAGAAUAUUAUCGUAUUUGGUGCUCAUGGCAAAAUUGGCCAGCACUUGAUUAAGCUCAUUGCCAAAAACUCAUCGAUUCAAGCCACAGCCGUGGUUCGUAAUGAUGAACAGGCUAAAGCGGUGUCGCAUUCCAAUGUCAAAACUACAAACCUUACACUCGAUGAUGCAUCAGUUUCGGAUCUCACUACAGCUAUCAAAGGUCAUGAUGCAAUUAUCCUCACUGUGGGUUCUGCUGGUAAGAAUCUCCUUCAAGUUGAUCUUGAUGGGGUGGUCAAGACAUUUGAAGCUAGUGUUGCUGCAAAUGUCAAGAGACUUGUUUUAGUUAGUGCCAUCCAUGCUGAGAUCCGUGAGUUUGGUGCCAAGUCGGGUCUUAGAGAUUACUAUAUUUCGAAACACUAUGCUGAUAGAAUCUUGAUCAAUGAAUUUGGGGAGAAAUUACAAUACACCAUUAUCAAGCCUACACACUUGACCGAUGACGAACCAACUGGUAAGAUCAAAGUAUUGAAAGACUUAAAGGAGGAUAUCGGCAAGAUCCCAAGAGCUGAUGUUGCCCAAGUAUUGCUUGAUGUUCUCAAUUUCGAAGAUACGUUUGGGAAAUCUUUCAACAUUGCUAGUGGAAACCACGCAAUUGAUGAUGCAAAAACCUGGACUUAG